AUGUCUGUCACAAUAAACACUUCUGUGGGUAAUUUGAAAGUACUGCUGUUCACAGACGAACGUCCUCGCUGUAUUUAUAAAUUAAUUAUUCAAAUAAGGUUGUCUAAAUUCCUAAAAUUAUGCAAAAUGAAAUAUUACAACUUUUGUCUAUUUCACUUCAUAAAAGUAAACAUUCAAAAUAACCCCACAGCGAAAUUUCAUAGCUCAAACUGGGGAUCCCACAGCCACAGGAAACGGAGGAGAAUCAGUCUUCAAGUAAGGACUAAAGACUACCCUAGAUAUCUCUACGGAGAUGACGGAAAGUACUUUGAGGCCGAACAAACCCCCAAAAUAACCCACAAAAGACAAGGUCUUCUCUCCAUGGUCAAUAACGGCCAGAAACUGCACGGCUCUCAGUUUUUUAUCACCUUGGCCAACAGUCUGGACUCAUUGGACGGAAAGCACACUGUUUUUGGGUCAGUCUGUGAGGAGACUUUCGAUGUCCUCAGCAAACUGAACGACACGAUGACUGGGGAUGAUGGAACCCCUUAUAGGGAUGUGAGGAUUCUGCAUACGUGGGUAGAAGAGGAUCCCUUCGAUGAGCCGCCUGGACUGAUUUUUCCGCCUAAUUCUCCUACGACUAAUGAGGCUGCUGAGGUGGAGACUGGGAGGAUAAAAUAUGACGAGGAAUUGGAUACUUGUAUAUCUAAGGAGGAGGUUGGAGAUCUGCCAGCCCCUGAGGUCAAACCAGCUGAGAAUAUUUUGUUUGUAUGCAAGCUUAACCCAUUGACCAGCGAUGAAGACUUGGAGGUGAUAUUUUCACGCUUCGGGAAUAUUCUAAAGUUGUUUUAUUCAAUUUUUGUGAGGUGUGAAAUAAUCCGUGAGAAAGGGACUGGUAAGUCAUUGCAGUAUGCUUUUGUGGAGUUUGAGAAUGUAUGA